UCAGAGGUUUCUGUGAGAUACUCGCCGCCGCUUCUUCUUCCCGGGAGUUCUGCUUUGCUUUUGGCGCUAUACCGAUUGAUAUCCUUCUUGUUGUGCUAUCUAUCUGAUUCUGAUACCAACCAUGUCCUGAUAAUUAUUGUCUUGCUGAGUUUUCGUCCGUGUUUUCGGUGAUCCUGCGCUUCAACGACAUUCGUCGAUUAUGAAAAUCGAAGGGAAAUUGAGUAUUCUUUCAGUAAUUCACAAAUUCAAUCAUGGCUUUGGAACUUUAUUACAUGCGAAGUGGGUUUCAGCUCCUGGAUUUCACGUGUCAGUGGCUGGUUUCCUAGGCGUUGUCGGCUUGUUCUUCGUUGCAAAAGAAGGUAAAAUAACAAACUUUAAGUGGUCUUCGGUGGACAGAGAUGAUUCUUUGGAGUCGAACUGGGUGGUACCCGGAUUGAGAAAUCUUGGCAACAAUUGUUUCUUAAAUGUCAUUUUACAGGCCUUGGCUAGCUGUUCUUGCUUCCAAAGUUUUCUUCAAAAGGCUUUGGGAGAAUUUGAAUCUUUACUAGGCGAGGACUGGGUUGAUAGCCUGCCGCUUACAGUUGCCUUGGCUUCUUUGAUGGAAGAAUUAUGUAAUGUCAAAAACAGAAGAAUAGUAUUGAAUCCACAGAAAUUGAUGCUUGUGCUGAAUCACUAUAUCUCUAAUUUCAACCUAGCUAACCAGCAGGAUGCAGAAGAAGCAUUCUUUCAUAUUUUAUCUUCUUUGAGAGAAGAGCUUUCAAGUUGUUACAUUCCACUUUAUGGCUCUCUGGCAGAUGUGACUUCCUGUCCUAACUGUAGGAUCCUCGCUCCAAAGCAUUUGGAGUGUAGCGAGCAGGAAAGAUGGCGACAAAGUUUCCUUGGGCCUUUUGAUGGAAUUCUUGGGAGCAAUUUGACCUGUGAAAGCUGUUCGUUUCAGAUCUCUUUGGAAUUUCAAUUUUUUCAUAGCUUGCAUCUCUCACCAGUACUCAGCAGUGCUAACGUAAUUAGGCCUGGAUGUUCUGUUGAGGAUUGUUUGAAGCAAUUCUUUGUAGCAGAGCGACUUGAGAACUAUUUUUGCAGCCACUGUUGGCAUGUUGCUGCAAUAAAGUACUUAUCUUCAGUAUACUGGAAUGAGACAGAUAUUGGAGAACUUAGGCGCUGCAAUGAACAAGAUCAUUGUGAAUGCAAAAAUCUUACCCGUCUGAAAUCAAUGCCAUGGUCAAAUAAUUUUUCCCAUACUUACAAGCAAUUGAGUAUUGCACAUAGUCCAAAGAUUCUAUGCAUUCAUCUUCAACGAGUUUCAGUUAAUGAAUUUGGAGAGCCAGUUAAACUUCAGGGUCAUAUAUCUUUCCCUUUGAUUUUGGACCUACACCCCUUCGUGAAGAGUGGGGUGGAAACAAGAAACGGGGAAAAAAAUUUGGGAAAUCAUCAAUAUCAAUCACACCCUUACUCCGGCCACAUCAAUUUGCAUGUCAAUGCAACCAUGCUGGGUAGCAUUUAUGGACAAAUGGGGAAAAACGGUUAUCCAAAAGCAGUUAGCAUGGAGGAAUUGGACCAAACUGCACUUGAAGUCUCAGGAGACACCCUCAGUCAGGUUUUUCAAAAUGAACCAAUUAUGUCACAACGUGCAGGCUGCUCAGGCAUAACGUUUUGUGACAUCUCAAUGCAGUCUGACAACAAGGUGGAUGGGAUUCGCCAUUUUGCUCCUUCAGAGCACAUAUACCGCCUGGUGUCCGUUGUCCAGCACUUUGGAGGAACUGUGGGUGGGCAUUACACCAUAUACAGAAGAGUAGUGAGCACCAACAAGGAUGACGACCUUUCUGUUGGGCUAGCGGGGCCUCCUCUUGUGCAAUGGUUUUCUAUAUCUGAUUCUGAAGUGCACCUUGUUUCAGAGAAAGAUGUACUCGGCGCAGAAGCUAGCCUGCUCUUCUACGAGAAAAUCUCCCCACUCCCCUAGAUUUUUUUGCUCAUAAGGAUCCCCUCCACUCCAUUGGCUCUUAAGAAUCCCUCGGCAGUGUCUCGGCCUGUAAAUCAACGUUUAGACGGGCGGUUAAGUGGGAAUUAGUCGCUUGAGAAUGCCCCCCCAAAGGAGCAACUUAAUUUGCCAUUGUAAUAUGUGUCUUUUAGUUGACUCUUUUAGCUCAGCUCAAUAGAGAAAUGUAUGUUGAGUUUCAAUGGUUGUAGUACGAGUGAUCAUAUUAUAUAUGUCUCUCUGUUUGUUUGUUAAA